CUUCAAUCAUUGUCUAUGGUUAUGACAGCUUAAGCACCUGAAUAAUUUGCAUAACAAUGAAAAGGUAGUUGUCGGAUGAUCCGACAGAAUGAUUUAAAACCACCCCAGGCUAGUUAAAACCGGUUCUUCUCCGUCGCAGGCCAAAGGUUACAGCAUCAUGGCAUCUUGGAAACAUGACUGACGAAAGAGGACUCGAUGGUCGACCUUCAUGACCUUCAUCAUCUUUGACCUCCCAAUCUGUGAUUGACAUCUACCUGCAUUCUGACUGACGCAACAGUUUGUAAUUGACAACCCAGUCGUCUGAAAUCAUGUUUGCCCAGAGGGUGUCUAAUAACUUCGACCCUGGAUUACCACAAGAUGGCGGACAGGAUCAACCACCUUACCCUAGAUAUGGCCGCUUUUCUCCAGACUACAUCACUGGGCAAUCUGGUGAGGAUAACUCGAGUUGCCAGCAGACAGCCUUCUCAUCUCAGGGUCUCCCCAUGGCGUGUUCUGACGUCGGUUGCAACUGCACAGAUUUUGACCGAUGGAAGAAAAAGGAAGUUCUACCAACCAUCGUGGAGACCAGGUCUAUAACUGUGGAGGAGUUUGAUAGAAUGUCUGCCGGUUCAAGGAAACGAGCCGUCCACGGUACCAGCCAAGAGGCAGCUCUAAAAGGGAACUUUGCUUUCUUCCAGCAAAGUGCAAGCAGGUGGGGCUUUGACUAUGGCAAAACUUUAACCCAUGAUGUGAGUAGAGAAAUCAAGAGAGAAACAACCCGAAAUGCAGCACUGGGUCUACCAUAUCAUGAAGAUAGACCUUCAACACCGUACGUCACUAACCCUGGCGGUCAACCAUGCCUACCCGCGACAGGAGCGCUGCACGCUCUAUGCACCGCCCACAAACGUUUCCUACAAACAUGGAAUGAUGCAGACACGACAAACGAAGGUCUGUGCCGGUCCAUGCUACGUCCCGACAACGAGGAACAACAUGCGGCAUAUGUGGACAAAAAAGUCAGAGCUACAAAACGAAGGUCUCCCGACAGUGAAGUGAGAAAUAAUGGCGCCAAAACGUACCAGGAAAAAUGUGCUUCUCAAGUUCAUUCGGCCAAUGAUGCUUCAUCACUUGCUGAGAAGGCCCAACAACAGCAGGCUACUGCGCAUGACGGGCAGGUCAACGUCACACGUGACUCCAAACAAGAUGGCGGCGCAGGGCCUGCUACUAGUGCGAGACUACCUCCGAAAAAGCGGCGCAGGCUGGAUGAUAUAGUCAUGAGACUGAAAGGAUCGUCCUACUAGCACCGCUAUUUUGACACUUCUUUGUAUCACGAAAAUAAGUCUACCUCCUGUUGUGAUUCACUUGAUAUCGGCACACAUAUUAGAAAUUUUAAAAUGCACGUUUCGUAUCCUAGUUUCUGUGAUGCACAUUGUCAUUGAUUGGUUGGCGUGAUUAUCAUUAGUAUAUAGAACUACUUGAAUAAUAAAUUAGAGAUAUCUUAACAAUCUUUGUACUGUUGUCUGUUGGUUGUUCUCCAUUAAAAAAUAUUGUUUGCA